AUUAUAAUUAAACCAUACCAUAUAUAUAUAUGAAGAGGGAGAGGAAGAGACAAGGUUCGGAGGAGGAGGAGGAGAAGAAGAAAGAGAGGAAGACGAUGGAGGUUGUGGUGGUGGAUGCAUUGGCUGCAGCAGCAACGGUGGCUGCGGCUGCGGCCGUGAAGGAGGAGGAGGAUUUGUGGGGGAUGAGGCUUAAGGCCGGAGAUGAUGUAGUGGUCGAUGAGCUAAUGACGUGGAGUACCGUUUGGUUGCCUUCAUGCUGGGACGUGGAGUUCGUUGAGAAAAACUAUGAAGCUUUGUAUAAUGAUGUUGUUUGGGACGAUGAUCUUUGGAAUUUGGACAUUUCUUCCACUCAUGAUCAGCUUCCUCCUUUAGAUAAUAACAUAAGUCAAGACUGAACGUUUUUUUCUCCAAUCGGUACGGUUAUGGAGUUUUUUUCUUUUUUUUUUUUUGUUUUGGUAUGAACCAUAUUGUAAUCAAAAUUACUUGUUUUGAUUUGAUAUGGUUUCAUUCUAA